AUGUUCGGGGCCGCCGGGCGCCCGCCGAUCGGAGCUGCAGCCGCCGGGAACCGCUGGCAUUUCAGCCGGGCCAUGGAAGAGCUGGUGCAUGACCUGGUGUCGGCCCUGGAGGAGAGCUCGGAGCAGGCCCGCGGGGGCUUCGCGGACACGGGGGACCAUGCCCGCAGCCUGUCCUGCCCCCUCAAACGCCAGGCCAGGAAGCGGAGGGGGAGGAAGCGGAGGUCCCACAACACGCAUCACCCGUGGGAGGCGGGCCACGGCCUGAGCGAGGGCUCGGACUCCAGCCUGGAAGAGCCGGGCAAGGACUACAGGGAGAACCCCGCCAGCCACAAGAAGGACCACAGCGACUCGGACGACCAGAUGCUGGUGGCCAAGCGCAGGCCGGCGUCCGCCCUGGGCGGCGGGGUGCGGGCCAAGCGGCCGCUGUGGCACGAGGCGGACUUGGCCUUGGACGGCCUGGGCAGCCGCAGCCUGCGGCGCCGCCGCAAGGUCAAGCGCAUGGCCGUGGACCUGCCGCAGGACGCGUGCAAGCGCCCCAUGACCCAGCCCCCCGACGGCUGCAGGGACCAGGACAUGGACCACGACCGGGCGUACCAGUACCCGGACUUUACCAAGAGCAAGGUCAAGAAGCGGAGGCUGAGGCUCCCCAGGCAGGGCCCCCGAACCCAGGACGAAGGGGUGGUCUUGGACAGCGAGGAGCUGAGCCAGGCCACCAAGGACAAGAUGGAAUACGAGGAGCAGAAGGUCUCUGACGAGCUCAUGAGCGAAAGCGACUCCAGCAGCCUCAGCAGCACGGAUGCUGGCCUGUUUACCAACGAUGAGGGAAGGCAAGGUGACGAUGAGCAGAGCGACUGGUUUUAUGAAAAGGACUCGGGAGGAGCGUGUGGCAUCACGGGGGUCAUUCCCUGGUGGGAGAAGGAAGAUCCCGCCGAGCUGGACAGACACCUGCCAGACCCCGUCUUUGAAAGCAUCCUAACGGGUUCCUUCCCCCUCAUGUCGCAUCCCGGGAGAAGAGGUUUCCAAGCUAGACUCAGUCGCCUCCGUGGAAUGCCUUCCAAGAAUCUUAAAAAGUCCGGAGGGACCCCUCCUUCAAUGGGGACCGCUGUGGGGCCAGGCAGUAACAAGAGGAUGGUUCACUUCUCCCCGGAUUCUCACCACCACGACCACUGGUUCAGCCCGGGGGCCAGGACCGAGCACGGCCAGCAUCAGCUUCUGAGAGACAACCGAGCCGAGAGAGGACACAAGAAAAACUGCUCUGGGAAGACGGCCAGCAGGCAAACCAGUAUGCAUUUAGGAUCAUUGUGCAUGGGAGACGUCAAACGGAGAAGGAAAGCAGCACCCUUGCCUGGGCCGCCUACAACAGGAUUCGUUGGAGAAAACGCCCAGCCCAUCUCAGAAAACAACAUAGGGAACCGCAUGCUCCAGAAUAUGGGCUGGACACCUGGCUCGGGCCUCGGACGUGAUGGCAAGGGACUGGCCGAGCCCAUUCAAGCCAUGCAGAGGCCAAAGGGAUUGGGACUUGGAUUUCCGCUACCAAAUAGCACUUCCGCAGCCCCCAGCACCCCGAUCCCCGCCGCGGGGACAUCCGCCUGA